CAUCCCCACAGAAGGGCCCCAGGAGAAUGCAAGGGGGGGGGGCUGCCCGGGGUCAGUACAGCACAGCAGGAUCCCCACUGAGGGCUGCUCACCUGCCCUGGGGACUCAGACCACACAUGACCUGCCCUACUGGACCGCAGGCAGGCACCUCCCCGGGAAGCCCCAGGAUCCCAGAGAUACACGGGAUACGCUGAGCCCCUGAUGCUCCUCCUAUCUCUCACCCUCCGACACCACAGAAGCAGCCGACAUGCCAGUCACCAAGUGCCCAAGAAAAUCAGAGCCCCUGUGGAAAGGGUGGGACUGGAAAGCCCAGAAGAACGGGCUGAGACAUCAAGUAUAUGCUGUGAACGGCGACCACUAUGUGGGCGAAUGGAAGGACAACCUAAAACACGGGAAAGGAACACAGGUCUGGAAGAAGAGUGGCGCUAUCUAUGAAGGGGACUGGAAGUUUGGGAAGCGAGAUGGCUAUGGCACCCUCAGCCGUCCUGACCCAGAGACUGGAAAGUACAGGAGGGUGUACUCGGGCUGGUGGAAAGGCGAUAAGAAGUCGGGCUAUGGGAUCCAGUUUUUCGGAUCCAAGGACUAUUACGAGGGUGAGUGGUGUGGCAACCAGCGCAGCGGGUGGGGACGCAUGUACUACCCCGAUGGCAACAUCUACGAGGGCCAGUGGCAGAACGACAAGCCUGAAGGGGAGGGCAUGUUGCGGCUGAGUAGAGGUUCAAGACCCGGAUGGUGUGCUGAGGGAAGCGAUAGCUGCUCUGAUGAGCCCAGAGGAAGAAGAUACCUGAUGCCGGGUGAGAAGACAUCUUUUCUGCCACCUCUGAGGAGGCCCAGGCAGCCCUGGGUCCCUGAACAAUGCUGGUAUCACUUCCUCCUCCUCCUCCUCUUUGAAACGCAUGUUCCUAGAAGAGCAAGUGCCCUCCAGGCCUGCCCAGAUCUCCUGAGUUGUUGCGAUCUCAGCCUCCUGAGGUGGGCACUGAGCUGAAGUCAGGGGGUCUGUCCCUUUUCAAGACUCUUAAGUAAGGCUGGGGGCCCUCGGCCCGUACGGACGCAGCUCUUUAUGGGGCCUUGUCUGGGGUGAUUGUGAGGCUUCAGGGAGAGGGUGUCUGUGUUUCCAAUACUAGUUCCAGUGCCGUUGCAGAUGCCUGUAGAGAGAGCGAGCGAGUGAGCUCAUCAAGGCUCAGGAGAUGCUCCAGCCCUUGUCACCAAACUGCUCAGACCGGUGCAGCUCCUGCAGGAGGAGCAAGCCGCGACUCUGGGCGGCUCCCUCAGUAGGCACCCACUCCUCCAGACACUAGGGCAUUCUUUGCCAAUGGAGGUGGGGUAUUGCUAAUCCCUGGCUGGCCUUGGGGACCCACUCGUUUCCAGCCUUUGCCCUAUGAUCUUAUAGCAGAGUGCAUGAAAAUAAAGAACCACCUAGUGGCCUUGCUCCAAGGACCUACGGCUUGAGCAGGGGUGGGGGGAACCUGAGGGAGGAGGAGAGAGGCAGCCUGACCCCAAACUGUGUGGGUCCCCCGGACACACUGUGUGUGUGUGUGUGUGUGUGUGUGUGUGUGUGUGUGUGUGUGUGUGAGUUGAGGAUUUGAGGCAGUGGAGCAAGAAAGUGGCUUCAGAUCUGCCACGUCUAAGCUAGCCCAGAGAGGAGGAGAAUGAGGCUGCUCUCUGCCACACUGGUCACCAAGAUUGGAGAUUAAAGCAGGUCCCCACCUCCCUAGCCUAACGCAGGAAUCUCGAGGAUUAAAAGCCAGGAGUACGCAGGAUACUUGUGGUAGCCCGUGCCCUACAUACACAUACUUGGAAGCAGAGGCAGGUGCAUCUCUGAGUUUGAGGUUAGCCUGGGCUACACACUCAGUAGGGGCAGCAUUGUGAAACAGUAGUUUAAAACCACCUAGGAGUCUUGCUCUCGCCCGGCUCCUUGGGGACAUUUGGUUCUGCUUGGAGACGCUCCUGGUUGUCAUGGUGGACAGAGAAGAAUGCUACUGGAAUCCGGGAGCAGGGAUGUUGCUAAACAUACUAUGCUUUUUUUGUUUGCUUUUUCUUUUUCUUUUUUUUUCCCUUUUUUAAACUUUUAUUUUAUUUUACAAUACUAUUCCGUUCUACAUAACAGCCACAGAUUCCCUUGUUCUCUCCCUUCCUGCC